AAAGAGAGAGUGAGAGAAGGCGCAGGCGGGCGUGAGGGUGUGGGCAGAGUGGCAGGCAGGCCAGGCAGCAGGCCACCCUCACCAGCAGUCCGGCGCGGGGCACCUCACAGUUCGGAACCUCGCCCCCUCACACACCACCACCACCACCACCACCACCACCACCACCGCCGAACUUAAACACCCUAACAAACCUGCAAAUUUGCACCAAAAAGUACACAAAACUUAGCACGCAAACUUCAUAUCCUCACACUCCCCUUGGUCUGAGGUCUCCUCGUAAUGCCCCGACGAGAUUCAGUGGAAUUACUGUUGUUGUAUUCACCACACGAGACAUGACGUUCAAAGUGACAAAACUGUGCUGACUUCUGUAACUGGUUCACGUGACUAAUAAAAACACUUACCGCCGCGACACACACACACACACACACACACACACACACACACACGCCGGACACUUCCGAAAUACGAACACUCUCCAUUUUAAGCUUGUCUCCUCGCCCAAGACGCAACACAGAAACAGCAACGCCGCGCAGGACACAAUGGUGGACCCUGACCUGAGCGCAGCCUCCGCGUGAUCCGUGCCCAGGAGUCGCGAGUCGCUGAGCACAUCUUGACCCUUACGUGACCUGUGAGUGGAUGACCAGGCGGCCCGGCGGCUGGUGAUGCUCCGCGCGCCGCUACCAUGACGCGCGCCACCUCACGCCCCGCCCUACAGUACCGCCACAGCCACUAGCAAGAGUCCAGCAUAAUAGCGAGCAGGAGCCUCACGCAGCGCCGCCACCACGACCUCCGCCCCCCGAACCAAAAGAAAACACAGCAGUAACCUUGACAUUCCGUAUACCUACAGAAGCGGCGUGCUUCCUGCUGCUGCUGACGGUUUGGGGAGACGCCCGCCUCCCGCUCCAUCGCCAUGCUCGUGCCACAGGUCACCGUGUGGGUACGGCCGCUUAUGACAAGUGCUCCCACCCUUUCCAUGCCUGGAUGUGUGAAUCAUCGUCUCGGCCCCGCGUGUCAUCGAUAACUUCCAGGGGCAAGCAGAUCACAGUCAGCGCGGCCCCGGACACCUUGCCACUUCCUCGACCUACUCCUCAUUCCCUCGUUCCCACGAUCCCCACACCGCCCACCACCCCUUCAUCACCUCAGCACGGAGAGGACUUUUCUCCCGAGACGGCGCCAUCCAGAGGAGCGCCUCAGAACACCUUACCUCUCCCGGCACCCACUCCACCCCCCACCACAACCCCGGAACCAAGGCGCGGCAGCAUCUCAUUCUCAGAGCCAGCCACCCCCAAACCGCCAGCUCUGCCUCAACCACCUCCUCUGCCAUCCAAGGCGCGGCCCAAAGCAGUGCAGCAGGAGCCUCACUACGAUCACUGCUCUCAUCCGUUCCAUACAUGGCUCUGCAGUGCCGCCGCAAGACCACGCUCUCGACUCAAACCUGAACCUCACUCCACUCCACGCCCCACGCAGCGCCCCACUCAACGCCCCACCCCGCGUCCUACUCAACGCCCCACUCCACGACGCAAGCAGCGCCCCACUCCACGCCCAACUCCACGUCCCACUCCACGCCCCACUGCUGGCCCCCUCCCAGAAGCCUCCAACACGAGAAAAGAUUCACUUCUCCUGUCCCAGACCUCUACAACAGCUCGACCCUACGACGUUUGUUCACACCCAUUUCACUCUUGGCGCUGCGAAAGACCGCGGCUGAGCCUCGAGUCCUCCAUCCUAGGCAAGUCAAUCAAGCCAGUCCCUGACCCUCCCAAGCCAAGGCCUCCCCCAAAGAUACAAGCGCUGCCAACUCCUGCCCCACCUAAACCGAGCUGGGACGGAGCCGAUCCCUGCACCCACGCCUUCCAUUCUUGGCUGUGUAGCCGGCCAGCCCCUCGCCCCAGCUCCCGUCCCCGUCCCCGCCUAAGGCCCCGCCCCCGUCCCCGCCUCCGACCCCGCCCCAGCCCCCGCCACAAGCAGAAGCCAGCUGCUGAUCCCGUGCUUGACCCGGCGGCCUCUUUCCCUGUCGAAGCACCCGUGUUAUCCCCCAACAAUUUCCUGGCCGCUCCGACGCCGUCCCCAGCUCCCCCACAGUUCACCACUACACAGGAGCGCGGCAAGUCAAACAACCCGGAACCUGAAGCAGAGCCCGAGCCCAGCCGGCAGGACGUGUGCCGCCACCCCUUCCACAGCUUCCUGUGCUCCUCGCCUCGCCGCACCAGCAGCCCCGACCCUGCCUCGGUCCCCGCAAAGGAGCCCGUUGCUGCACCAGCUUCCCUUACUCCCCAAACCAAGGUGAAGCCUCCCAGGGAACAAGAAAGCCUUCCCACAUCCCGCCCACCCCGGGGCCACCUUUGUGACCACCCCUUCCACGCAUGGCUGUGUGGUCACCGUCCGGACCAACCCAAGAAGCACCACAGGCGUGGCCACGCACGGCCACCAGGACGCAGCGAGGUGGUAAACACAGUUACAGAUUCUACAGCUUCACCCCCGGACAAGAGUCUCUCGACCAUCGCCUCGUCUCUACCCGUCCCCACCGUGCCUCCCCAGCCUUCCCUCAGAAACCACCACCAGGCACCAGCCACCCUCCAGAACUCCCCUUCCACCAUGCACCUCGUUGUGUACGCACGCCCCCUCACUUGGUCUAAUGCAAGCGUGUCCUCGCCUCCUCGCACUUCUCCGAUCAUCGACCCGGCCAGCACGCCGAUCGAUCUCUCCCGCCCCUCCGCACCGCCUGUACCUGCAGGAGCCUUAUAAAUUGUAACGGAAAACAGGUGUCACCUGCCUUAGCGAGGCAUCCUGCACAGAGAGGCACAUCAUUAAGCACAGCAACCAAGUACAAGAAAUGCACCGAUCUUGCCAGGACUAAAUAAUCUUAAUACUCAUUACAAUACUGCGCAACCUCGACUCGACAGCCUGGAUCGCCACGCUGCUGUUUCGUGCAGUGCCGCCCACACACCCGCCUUGAAUUAUAUAGUUACUGCUAUAGCCCCUGAUACCAUAAUACUUCCCUGGACUCCCCCUACACACCCUGACGCUGACAGCGGCCCCGCAGCACCCUGACAGCAGAAAACUCACCUAAGCCGGUCUUGGUGACGUUCUUUGGGUUUGUUUACAUGGUGAAGUUAACUUCGAAAUGGUAUAGAUUCGGUUUGCGUUCAACCCACUUGCUUCUGUUGUACACAGAAAGCAUCAUAUUAAUGAACGUGAAAUUAUAAAAAGAUGUAACAGUUUGUAUUUUGACAAUAUUGUAAUUUCUAUCUAUAAAGAACCGAAUCUGUAGCAUGAGCCGAACCUUCCUCAGUGUACGGGCUGGCUUGUAUACUGAGAAGGUUCAUUACUAACUAUUGUUUUCGUAGGCAUAGAUGUUAUAGCGGUGCUUACCAGGGAAUAAUCUGCACAUGCUAUACUCAGCUUAGUUCCUUGAGGGUAGUGUUCCCAGCGUAACACCAAUACGUACAAUUACAAUUAGAUACUCUAAUAGCUUACCUGACGUCAUUUCCAUUGGUGAAGUGUAUUAUAAAACAUGUACUUAUUUUCGUGUAAUGGAAGUCCUGUUAGUGUACUACAAGUGAUAUACAAGAAAACAUAUGACUCGUCCACUAUAUACGGCAAAUACACAGAGUUUGUGUACCGAGAAAACAAUUUAUCAGAGGAAAGGUAAAUGCUCGCUACACAGCCUAACCUAUACAUUCAUGUCUGAGCCUGCAUUGCAAUUACGUAUUAUCUGUUAUUCCAGUUAUGUUGUUCAUCAUAAACCUGAUUAAGCUG